UCACAAAUUUUAAUUAUUUCGCGCAGUGAGAUAAGCAUGUAUUUUUCUUGGAAGAAACGAAAUGUGCAAACAAAAAAUCAUAAAAUAAACGAAGAGAAUUAUUUUCCAUUACAACUUCUUCAUAUUGAACCAGAUCAUGGAAUUUUUGCACCAACUUCUAUUCAUUAUUUCACAGUAACUGCUGAUUAUACAAAUUUACAGCCAAAUUAUUAUUUUGCUGUUCUACAAUUAUAUGUAGAAGAUAUACCGAUCAAGGCGAUUCCAAAUGAAAUAAAAGUAAUAACUAAAAAAUGCACUACGAAACGGCGAAAAUGCAAGAAAUCCGUAGAUAUUUGGGUUGCCGAUGUUGAAAUUUGGUUGCAAUUCAUGAUGGAUGAUAAAAGUGAAAUUUAUCAAGAAACUGAAGAAAUAUCAAAAUAUAUCAUAAAAAAAUAA